UUUUCUCUCCGAUCUGUAUUUUGGAUUCAGUUCAGAAAUUUCCCCUUGCUGUUUUAAAGUUCGAUCCGGUUUCUCUCUUAGCUUAUUUACUUGGUGAUGCAGCCGUCCGCGGUUAGGACUUAGGAGUCCAUGUCGUGUACAUCAAGAAGCCUUAUUACCUCCUCAUUAUCAGAGACGAUCGAUCGCGUUAUAUAUACUCUCGUUCCAAACCCAGGGAAGAUUUUAGUUCACCCCACAACGCAUCGAAUCUUCAGAUAGGGUUACGUAGCUAAUACUAUGUCCGCUUCUGUCUCCGAGAAAGAUCUCUUCGACAGAGAUCCGUGCCCAGGCCGCAUCAUUGAUGAUGCAGGAAGUGGAUUCGCCAUCGGUGCUGUGGGAGGUUCCAUCUACCACUUCCUCAAGGGCCUUCGUAACUCGCCCAAUGGUGCACGAAUUAAUGGCGGCAUGCAGGCCGUAUGCAUGAACGGCCCGCGAGUCGGUGGUAGCUUUGCUGUGUGGAGCACCCUCUAUUCCACCUUCAACUGCACCUUAGUCUACGUGCGCCAGAAGGAGGACCCCUGGAACUCCAUCAUUGCUGGUGCCUCCACAGGAGGGUUUCUCUCCAUGCGGCAGGGCGUCAAAGCUGUAGGCCGCUCGGCACUCAUCGGCGGCUGUUUCUUCGUCCUCCUAGAGGGCAUUGGCCUCAUGGCCCACCGUGUCGCACCGCAGAUCCUCCCGCCGCUCCCUGCCGAUGAUCCAAACAUGGCCGCCACCAUCCCGGUGGGAGGAGGUGGCUUCCCAGGCAUGCCCCAGCCUUUCGUGUCCCCUGCAGAGGUCGUGAACUCAAGCAGUGCGGGUAGCUGGUUUGGUGGCCUCUUCGGCAAGGAGGAGAAGAAGCCCAGCGGCAGUGCUGGCAUGUCAGAGAUAUUAGAGAGCUUCGAGACGCCCAGCCCUCCGAUACCAUCGUUUGAGUAGAAGUGAAAGGAAGGUGCAGUGUUUGUUUGACUGCUCUGAUCUGUAUUUUGGACUCCUUUCCGGAAAGGGUGUUCUUUUUAAGUUUGAUCCACUCCUUGUUUCUGAUACUUUUACCAGAUUAGGCGGCAAUAAUUUAUUUAGGUGUGUCUGUUUUAAAUGAUUCUGCCGCCGAGUUUUUCUUGCUUAUGCAACAUGCCACUUUAUUUUUAGUAUAUACCUGCCCAUGCUGUAUAAUCAAGAAGCCUUAUUAGCUUCCAA